AUGAACCACCAUUGUUUUGGGCUUUUUUUGUGGCUUGACGCUUUGCCCUCAGUAUAUAAAGGCCCAAAGGUUUCUGAGCUUCUUCAACUCGCUAUCUCUAUUUUUGCCUUCUCGCGUGUCGUCCACCAACAUAUAAUGGCCUCCACUGUCAUUUCGCGCUCCUCAAACAUACCGCGUUGCGCGCCCGUUCCUUCACAUACCGUAUACCCGCAAACCUCUACAGCAUCUAGCGUCAACGUCCUGCAGGCAGGAUAUCCAGCAACUGAAAGACCAGAUUGCGUUUUAAUUUACUUACAUGGCUACUGUUCGUACGGGGAGUCGUGUAGGUUCGCCCACCCUCCCGGUUACGAGCGCGGAGUCCCUUCAGGCGCGACGGUACCCGUCGUGCCCUACGCACCACUUGGGCCAGUAUAUUUCCCCAUUUCCACAUCUAACCCCGACGUGAGGAACUUGGGUGCCACCUCGGCGGGCACAUGUCAUGGCUCCUCAGUCGUCUCCCUGCCUGCUAAGCCAUUGGAAGAAUCGACGAAGACGGAGGCCAACCUCGCACACAAGACCGCACCUUGCAGACACUAUGCAAGAAACGGGGGGUGGUGUCCUGUGGGAGAGGAAUGCAAAUUCAUCCAUGAUUUCGCAUUUCCACCUCGCGAAGACGCGUCUGUGAGUUCGAAGGUUGGCAGUCCCCAGCGCAAAAAAUCUAGACAUUGCUGGGCGUUCGUCCAGGGUAGAUGCCGUUCCAGUUCCAACGGGUGCGAAUACUUCCAUCCGGAGGCCGCUCUCGUUCCAAGUUACUUUAAAUACACGCCUUGCGCCGCAGGAAAGACUUGCUCCAAUUGGAACAACUGCCCCUUCAAGCACCUGUCGACUCAACCCGCCGACGCACCAAAUAACAGGGUUGCAUACUUUCCCAUUAACGUCCAAGGCCUUGCCCCACUAGAAGAAGAGCCUGCCUCAGUUGAGGAUUCGACUACCGAGUUUACCACACAUCCCACCGCACCUACGGGCCCAGGGCACCUCAAUACUGCGUGGCAGUUCCCAACUACCGUGACCAAUGCGAGCACGGUCAACAGCAACAAAAAUAAUAAUAUGACUGGGAAUCGCAAGGGCAAUGGUAAUAAGGCACGGCAUCGCCGUACUAUCACACUUGAUGACCGCAAGGUAUCUUGCGCUCCUCUCAUUCCGGGAGAAGCACGCGGACAUGCACGCCGACGCAGCAUCGUCUGCACCACCGGGGAAGUGUGGGUCCACGAUUUUCCCGCUUCACAGUUGCGAGCGCGAAAUUCUUUUGACGAGAGCAUGGUUUCUGGACCCCUGAUGGGUGGUCGUCGAAACCUCGCAGGCAUCUGA